ACCAAAAAUACCUUUUUACUCGAUUGAAAGUUCUAUUACUCUCUAGUCAUAGUUAGAUUUAUAUUAUCUUGUUCAUAAAGUUUUUUUUAUUAAUUAAAGUUACACUGAUGGUCAUUUUACGACAAUCACCGAGGGGAUUCGAAAUGAGUACCUUGAGGAUACAAGACUAAGCUCUUACCACCGAGCUAGCAACUAAAGUAUUUUGCUUCCACAUAAAGUUUACUAGUAUUUGGAUAUAAAGUUGAUUUAUAAAAGCUCGUUGAGGACAUUGAGUACUCACGUGAGUGGUGUUACACCCUUCGUGAUGAGCAGACAGGGUUUGUGUCCAUCACAUGGUGGUCGUUCCCAUAAGAGUGAUACAUGUGUGAUGUUAGACCUUAGACGAAGAGGUCCCAGGAGAGAAAGAGUACUAUGAAAGACAAUUUGCUACUCUAAAAUCAUUUGAGGAAGUUGACUCCAUAGUAGUGUCGGAUUCCAUUGAUAUAGAAGACAUGGAGAAGCGGGCUCAACAUGAACUAGCGAUGAAGAUUUCAAACUAUGCAAAUGCAGUUUUAUUGGCAUUAAAGAUUUAUGUGACAAUCAGGACUGGAUCUAUGGCUAUUGCUGCUUCAACAUUGGAUUCUCUGCUUGACUUCAUGGCCGGUGGCAUACUUUGGUUCACUCACAUGUCAAUGAAGACCGUAAAUAUGUACAAAUACCCUAUUGGAAAGCUGAGAAUGCAACCUGUAGGAAUAAUUAUCUUUGCAGCUGUUAUGGCAACACUUGGCUUUCAGGUAUUAACGACUGCUGUAGAACAGCUAAUACAAAAUGAUCCUUCUGAGAAGAUGUCUUAUGAUCAACUAGUAUGGCUUUACUCUAUUAUGAUAUUUGCAACAUUGGUGAAGCUUGCACUUUGGUUUUACUGCAAAAACUCAGGAAACAAGAUUGUCCUUGCCUAUGCAGAUGAUCAUCAUUUUGAUGUUGUAACAAAUGUGGUUGGAUUAAUUGCAGCUGUUCUUGGUGAUAAAUUUUACUGGUGGAUUGACCCUAUUGGUGCUAUUUUACUUGCAAUUUACACUAUUUCAAAUUGGUCUGGUACUGUUAUGGAAAAUGCAGUUUCACUAGUGGGACAAUCUGCACCUCCUGAACUUCUGCAGAAGCUAACGUAUCUUGUCAUAAUGCACUCUCAAAUUAAGCGCAUUGAUACUGUUCGCGCUUACUCAUUUGGAGUUCUAUACUUCGUAGAGGUUGACAUUGAACUGCCAGAGGAUUUACCCUUAAAAGAAGCACAUAUCAUUGGAGAAAGUCUGCAGAUAAAUCUCGAGAAACUUCCGGAAGUUGAGCGAGCGUUUGUUCAUCUAGACUUCGAAUGCGAACAUAAACCAGAACACUCAGUUCUUAGUAGACUACCAGAUAGUUAGCCUUAAGUACAUUAUUUGAUUUGAGUUUAAUGUCAAUGAAUGACAUGUGUGAACUUUAUUCUAAGAAAAUGAAUGACAAGUGUGAAUUUAUUCUAAGAAAAUGUGAAUUUCUUCUAAUGAA